AUGGCCACCAAACCAUUCCAGCAUCUCCUCCAAGAUAAGAAACACAUCAUCCACACCCCUGAAGAAACCUCCAAGAUCAAAGUCGAAAACUGUAUUGGAUUCGUCAAAGUUCCAGUCGGAAUUGCAGGGCCAUUACUGGUCGACGGUCCCAAUGCCACAAAUGAGCAAGUCUACGCAACCCUCGCCACCACCGAGGCCGCUCUCGUCGCCAGCUGUGCCCGAGGUUGCAAGGUCUUCAACGCCUGUGGCGGUCUGCAAUUCGAUAUCCUCGGGGAAGGCAUGUCUCGCGCGCCUGUGUUCAAGUUCCCAACGCCACGACACGCUAUCAACUUUGCCAAAAGCGUCCCCGAGCUACAGAGCCAAUUCACCGCCAUCGCUGAAUCGACCAGCCGGCACCUCCGCCUUCAACACAUUGUUCCGCACAUCAUAGGGUCCAGCGUACAUCUGUACAUCAGUUACUAUUGCGGCGACGCGUCCGGCCAGAACAUGGUUACGAUCGCGACGCAGAAGGCCUGCCAAAUGCUAGCCACUUCACCACAGGGGUCGGAGUAUGAAAUCAUCGGUUUCCAAAUUGAUGGGAACAUCUCAUCGGACAAAAAGCCGUCGUGGGGUAAUGUCCGGAUGACUAGGGGUGUAGAGGUCAUGGCCUGGGGAACGCUUACGAAUUCCGCCUGCGAGAAAAUCCUCGGCACAUCGUCAUACAAUCUCUAUAAUACCCUUAUAACAGGUAAAGAAGGCGGGAUCCGCAACGGGCAAUUUGGCUGUAAUAUCAAUACGUCGAAUAUCGUUGCGGCUAUCUUCAUCGCGACGGGACAAGAUGCUGCUUGCGUUGCGGAAGCGUGUUGGAGUCAUCUCGUUCCGGAGUAUGACUUUGAAACAAAGGAUUUGAAGAUCUCGUUGUACUUGCCAUCUUUACCUGUUGGUGUGAUUGGUGGUGGAACGGUUUAUGAGACGCAGAAUGAGUGUCUCCAGAUUAUGGGUUGCGCAAGGCCAGGCAUGAAGGGGCGCUUUGCAGGAUUGAUUGCAUCUUUUGCGUUGGCCCUAGAUGUCAGCACUUGCAGUGCUGUUUCCAACCAUACUUUCUCGCAGAGCCAUCAAAGGUUGGCUCGUACAUCGCAGCAGCGAAAACAGACAUCCAAGAUAUGA